GAAAAGUAGAGAAGGGAGGGCGUCAUAGGGGUGCCUGAGGCCGCCAGGCCAUGGAUCCAGCUGAAAACCCCGCAGGUAGCGAAGUACAAAGCGCCUUUCGACAAUUUGCCGCGUUUGACCGCUGCGUGCUCUUUGUUGCUCAGGAGCCGGGCAGGGUGGCGGCCCGUCGCUGCUCGAGCGCCUGCGAGAGACGCUCGCCAAGAUCCACUCGGUGAGACCAAGUAUUUCAUUUCAGGCAAGGCGAAUGCAUGUCUGUGCCGUCAGGUUGCGUCAUGUGUAGAGGAGGCCGAGAAGGUCAUCACAGAUACCAUUAAUGCAGGUGUCAGGCAGAGAAAACACCGGGCACGUCAUGCCAUUGUGUAUGCGUGUGAGCAUGUGUGUGUGUGUGUAUGCAGGAGUGUGUGUUGCCGGCCGGCCGUCUGUCGGCUCUCCAGACCACUGUGAGCGAUGCCCAGACGUCACUCAAUGACGCUGCGGCUCAGCUGUCCACUCUAUCGCCCCCACACACAGACGCCGACACACACGUAUGGGCGGCCCCCGGCACUUGCACACGGAUGUUGGUGACUGACUUCCAUUGCUGUGUGUUUGUGCUCAUUCAGCGAUUUGAUGGUGACGGCAAGUUGUUUCGGUGCAUUCAUCGGGCCAGCAGGUCGGUCAGUUCGAAUGAGACCGCAAAGGCGGCACAGCAAACAAGGGCAGUAAGUGCAUCCCUCCUUUGCCAAUCACCACACAAGGGGGCUCGCUCACACAAGGAUGUCCUUUCUGUUGAUGUGACGGAUGUGUCUCAGGUGUCCACAGGCGAUGGGAAACGUGCACGUGUGACCACAGGCCCUCCGGCUGCUGCUGCUGCUGCUGCCGCUGGUGCUGCUGCUGGAGGUCCGCACAUACAGCAACGCACCCACACGCUCACACAGAUCGACCAUCGUAUUCUGUGUCGUCUUCAGGUGGCUCGGCUGGUGUAGCCGGUGCUGUGGCAGAGGAAGUGGAGAAGAAGACCACCACUAUCGCUAAGGUAGACGACCUCCCCCAGACGCCACACACGCACGCACCUGUCGGUCACCGUGCCCAUUCUCCUGCUGUAUGUCAAAAGUACGGCCGCCCGUGUCUGCCGGGUCUGCCUGAGGCCGUCAUGGGCUACAUGGGCUCCUUCGUCACCACCAAGACGGCAAUUCGGCUGUCCAAGGUCAACAAGGAGACCCACCAGAAGGCCACCGACGAGACAUUCGGGGUAUUCCGCUUCUUCUCUGUCGACACACAUGAGAGCCACGCAUACGCCAAGAUCAAGAAACUCCAAGAUGUCAAACGUCUGGUGAGGGAAGGGCAGCAAAGGGAAUGCACUCACACCCUUCUCUCUGUAUGGUGCAGGGGAAGAUCCACACAGCGCGCGUUGAUCUGCACGCACCGAGUGUGUUGCCCUGUGUGGCACAGUGCCUUGAGGCGUCCAGGGCGACUCUGACGGAGCUCCGCUGCUUCUACGUGUCGUCCUCCUUCAACUCGCCGACCCCUGCCGCCCCUGGCGCCCCGGGCAUGUGCAUUGACUUCCCGAAGCUGACGCACAUAGAGGCCUUGUCAGUGGAGUGGCUCAAAUACUUCAGGUACGUAUACCCGAACCGAGAAGGGCAUGUGGGUAUCCAUCCGUUGACGCCGUUUCUCUGUCGCAGCACGCGGCGGUGGCGGUUUCCCGCCCUGACGACCCUGGAAAUCGGCCAUGAAGGCCAUCAGGCGCCCAAUUCCGUCGUGCAGCUGCUCAAGGCUUCGCCCAACAUUCGACAUCUCUCUUUGAGCCGGGCCAACCUGCACGAGGACAGCACAUGGGCCGGCUUCAUCGCGGCCCUCAAGAACUGCCCUCACAUCACCACCAUCACCGGCCUGGAGCUGGAAAUCGACAGCACCGACCGCGUCAGCCAGCUGAUGGAUGCUCUGAGCCACUGGAAGAAGCCGGAGAACAAAGGUGAGGUUGUCUCCACGCCGACGGCCUGAUGCGGCAUCAUGCUGGUCCUGUCCUGUCAUGUGCUGCAUGGUCUCAGAUGUGCGUAAGCAGCUGGUUCUCUGCUCGCGAGACCCGCUCAUCAACUGGGAGUACGGCCAGGAGGGGCCGGCCCCAGCCGACAUCAACAAGUGGGCGGCCGAGGUCGGCUGCGACAUCUGCUGGUCUGCCUACUCGGUGACGGUCGACUGCAGCUUCACCCCCGAGACUGCCCACCCCGCACCCGACAACGUCAUUGGCCAGGUCACAAAGGAGCUGGCAGAAGGGGCGCAGGUGGUGAGGGAGGGAGGGAGGGAGGGAGGGAGGGAGGACAGGUGUGAGGCCGCUCCAUCAGACAAGGAAUCCGCCCUUCUCUGUCUGUCUGAGUGCUUUGUGUUUCAGGUUGAGGUGAAUCUCGGCGGCACACCUCUGCACGAGAGUUGGCGUGACAAGCUCGUCUUCCCGAACGCCGAGUCGCUCAGGAUACGCGCUGAGCAACCAGCAGUGCUGGAUAGCAUCCCAGGCUGGCUCGUCGACGACGAGGGGGCAGUGAGCCGGCGCUUCCCGGCAGUCGAGAGUCUGGAUGUUUCUCUGGAUUCCCCCACCUUCGCUGACAUGCCUGCUGCCCCCAGCAAGCUCAGCGUGCUGUUCGGGGGCCUGACCUCAGUCAGAGAGCUCAGUUUCAGAAGUUUGCAUAGCCUAGCUGUCGCCUGCGAGGUCCUGUCCUAUCUCUCUGUCAAACAGCUAGAGCGUGUCAGUUUUGACGAGCAAGCUGAGAUGGAAUCCACCGAGUGGCCUGCUGCUGUGCCUGAGCAGUGGGCCCUCAGCUGCCCCCACAUAGACAGCCUGUGGGUAGGCCGACUAGCCAGCAAGGUAGCCGUGCGGUCGUUCAUCAAGCUGAUUUUGACCCUGCGGCCAGCACAGGCAAAGCUCUAUGCGUGUCUGCCUUCUGACGAGUUGGAGGGCCCUGACGGGCUCACAGCCAUCCGCGCCUUCGCGUGGGAGUGCUAUGAGCAAGUGCAGGCACACUACUCGAUGAAAGAAGACAGUCGACGUGCCGGUUACUGGUACGGAGCAUCCAACAGGGCUGAGAUGCAGUGUUGGGGCACCGACGGCCAUCUCGACCUGAAUCUGGUGCGUAUGUCCUAGUGAAGUAGCAACUUGAAGCAAUAGUGACUAGCUAUGGCC